GGACUCUAUUCUCCAGUGGCAAAGGAAGUGCGAGGAUGCUCUUUACUCUCUGCUUAUUCUUGGGGCUCGUCGUCCCGUACGACGUUUGGCCUCAUUAGCAAUGGGGAGAGUUAUAGCAAAAGGUGAUGGUAUCUCGAUAUACUCAAGAGCAAGCAGCCUCCAAGGUUGGCUCUCUGAUGGGAAACGGAGCGAGCCUCUCUCCUCUGCAGGAGCAGCACAAUGCCUGGGAGAACUGUACCGAUUAUUUGGGCGAAGGAUCACUUCAGGUUUGAUUGAAACAACCAACAUUGCAGCGAAACUAAUGAAGUUCCACGAGGAUUUUGUGAGGCAAGAGGCUCUGCAAAUGCUUCAGAAUGCAUUGGAAGGUUCAGGUGGUAGUGGCGCUUCUUCAGCCUAUUCAGAAGCCUUUCGUAUCAUCAUGCGAGUUGGUGUCGGUGAUAAAUCAUUUAUUGUUAGAAUAGCUGCAGCAAGAUGUCUGAAGACAUUUGCCAGCAUUGGGGGGCCUGGAUUAGGAGUUACAGACCUUGAAAAUUCUGCUUCGUAUUGUGUCAAGGCUCUUGAAGACUCUCUUUCAUCAGUACGUGACAGCUUUGCUGAAGCUUUAGGAGCAUUGCUUGCUCUUGGAAUGAAUCCUGAGGCACAGGUGCAACCAAGAGGGAAAAGUCAUCCUACUCCUACAAGAAAAUUGGAAGCUGGUCUGCAGAAGCAUUUAAUAUUGCCUUUCACUAGAGUGAGUGGAGUACGCGUGAAGGACCUACGCAUUGGAUUAGCAUUAUCAUGGGUGUUCUUUUUACAGGCCAUGCGUCUCAAGUAUCUGUGUCCAGAUACUGAGCUUCAAAAGUUCUCAUUGCAGGCUCUGGAAAUGCUUCAUGGGAAUGCUUCUAUCGAUGCCCAUGCACUGGCAUGUGUUCUAUAUAUUCUUCGGGUUGGUGUAACUGACCAAAUGACCGAGCCUACUCAAAGGAUCUUUUUGAUUCUCCUUGGUAGACAGCUGGAAUCUCCUGAUGUUAGUCCUUCCAUGAAAGUUGCUGUGCUACGUACCCUUUGUUAUCUAUUGGCAACUUUAGGAGAGGUUCCACUGGAAUUCAAGGAAGUUCUUGAUAACACAGUUGUUGCAGCCUUAUCACAUUCUUUGUUACUUGUCCGCUUGGAAGCUGCUUUGACGCUGCGUGCAUUGGCGGAGGUUGAUCCCACUUGUGUUGGUGGUUUGAUUGCUUAUGGUGUGACGACAUUGCAUGCUUUACGGGACAGUGCUGCCAUUGGAAAGGGUGAUCGUUUGAAAGUUGAUCUUGAUUCAUUGCAUGGUCAAGCAAUAGUUCUAGCAGCUUUGGUAUCCAUUUCACCCAGGUUACGUCUUGGUUAUCCUGCACGGUUGCCUAAAUCAGUUCUUGAAGUUUCAAAGAAAAUGCUGACUGGAUUUAGUCGCAACCCUAUGACUGCUACUGUGGAAAAAGAAGCAGGCUGGUUACUUUUGGCAUCAUUUAUAACCUCCAUGCCAAAAGAGGAACUUGAAGACCAGGUUUUUGAUAUCCUGUCACUUUGGGCCGCUCCUUUUGGAGGAAAUCCAGAACGUAAAAUAAAGCAAGCUGAAGAUCUGAUAUUGGAAAUACGUGUGUGGUCUGCUGCAAUUGAAGCCCUGACAGCAUUUAUCAGAAGCUUUGUUUCAUCAACUGUAACAAUUAUCAAUACUGGGAUCUUGCUUCAACCUGUUCUGGUCUACCUUAGUGGGGCUUUAUCCUAUAUUUCGUCGCUAGCAGACAAACAGCUGCAAAACUUAAAGUCUUCAAUGGACCUGUUCAUCAUCAGAACAUUAACAGCUUACCAAUCUCUUCCUGAUCCAAUGGCAUACAAAAGUGACCAUCCUCAGAUUAUCAAGAUCUGCACCACUCCAUUCAGGGAUCCUUCUGGGUGUGAAGAAAGCUCAUGUUUGAGGUUGUUAUUAGACAAGAGGGAUGCAUGCUUGGGUCCUUGGAUCCCUGGAAGGGAUUGGUUUGAGGAUGAACUUCGAGCUUUUGAAGGUGGCAAAGAUGGAAUUAUGCCUUGUGUAUGGGAUAUGGAACUUUCUAGUUUUCCUCAGCCGGAGACCAUAAGCAAAACGUUGGUCAAUCAGAUGCUCUUGUGCUUUGGCACCAUUUUUGCUACUCAGGAUAGUAGUGCAAACCUUGUGCUUCUUGGAAUGAUUGAUCAGAGUUUGAAAGCUGGAAAGAAGCAGCUGUGGCAUGUAGCCAAUACCACUAAUGCUUGUGUGGGCUUACUUGCUGGGUUGAAGGCUUUACUUGCUUUACGUCCCCAAGCAUUGGGCAUGGAGAUUUUAAGUUCUGCUCAAGCUAUAUUUCUGGGUAUUCUAUCAGAGGGGGAAAUCUGUGCAGCACAACGAAGAGCAUCAUCAGAGGGUCUUGGCCUUAUAGCUCGACUUGGGAAUGAUAUCUUUACAGCAAGGAUGGUCUGUUUCACUUUGAGAUUCUUAUGCAACAAGAUGCUUAUCCUAGAGACACGGUCAUUGCUUGGAGAUCUAGUUGGGACAACAGAUUCAAGCUAUAGUGCAUCUAUUGCAGUUGCACUAGGGUGCAUUCAUCGCAGUGCAGGAGGAAUGGCAUUAUCUACUUUGGUGCCUUCAACUGUUAGUUCAAUAUCUUUAUUGGCUAAGAGUUCGAAUGCUGACCUCCAAGCCUGGUCUUUGCAUGGUCUCCUUCUGACCAUUGAAGCAGCUGGCUUGUCUUAUGUUUCCCAUGUGCAGGCAACACUCUUCCUUGCCAUGGAAAUUCUUUUGUCUGAGGAAAAUGGAUGGGUUAAUCUUCGACAAGGAAUAGGUCGCCUUAUAAAUGCUAUUGUUGCUGUCCUUGGUCCUGAGCUUUCCCCUGGAAGCACUUUCUUUUCACGUUGCAAGUCUGUUGUUGCAGAGAUAAGCUCGGGACAAGAAACGUCAACUCUUCUUGAGUGUGUUAGGUUCACACAACAACUUGUAGUUUUUGCUCCACAAGCCGUUUCUGUGCAUUCUCAUGUUCAAACACUUCUUUCCACUCUCUCUUCAAGACAGCCAACCCUCAGGCAUCUUGCUGUAUCAACUCUGCGGCACCUAAUUGAGAAGGAUCCGGUUUCCAUUAUUGAUGAGCAAAUAGAAGUGAAUUUGUUUGGAAUGCUCGAUGAGGAGACUGAUCCUGAGAUUGUGAAUUUGGUGCGGUCGACUAUUAUCAGAUUGCUUUAUGCAUCAUGUCCUUCACGUUCAUUACGAUGGAUAGCACUAUGUCGUAACAUGGUUCUUGAAACAUCAACGAGAAGGAAUGUUGCUGAGAACCGUACAAGAUCCAAACAUGAUCCUGCAAGUGGCAAUGCUGAUGCCGAUGAUAGAACAUAUUAUGGAGAAGAUGAUGAAGACAUGAUUACUAGCUCCCGCGAUGGGCAAAUGCAGGACUCCACAGUUGGUUCUAUCGUUCACCCUAAGAGGGAGAAGCAUCUCAGAUACAGGACUAGGGUUUUUGCUGCAGAGUGUUUAAGCUAUCUGCCAGCAGCAGUUGGGACAGAUCCUGCACAUUUUGAUCUUUCUUUGGCAAGAGAGAGAAUAUCUUCUAGUGGAGAUGCUAUUGUCGGUGAUUGGCUAGUCUUGCACCUACAGGAGCUAGUUGCUCUUGCUUAUCAGAUAAGCACUGGCCAGUUUGAGAAUAUGCAGCCAAUAGGUGUGGAACUUCUAGUUACCAUUAUGGACAAGUUUGGGAACUUACCAGAUCCGGAGCUUCCUGGACACCUUAUGAUGGAACAGUAUCAGGCCCAACUUGUUUCUGCUGUUCGAACUGCCUUAGCCACAUCUUCGGGCCCUCCUCUUUUGGAGGCAGGCCUACAGCUAGCUACAAAGAUUUUGACGAGCAGCAUUACUAGCGGAGAUCCAGUUGCACUUCAGCGACUGUUUUCAUUAAUUUCACGGCCAUUGAAUGACUUUAAGGACCUCUAUUAUCCAUCUUUUGCUGAAUGGGUUGCGUGCAAGAUCAAAAUAAGACUUCUUGCAGCCCAUGCCUCCGUCAAAUGUUACACAUAUGACUUACUGAGGGAGAAGCAGAACAACCUCCCAGAUGAAUAUUUAUCAUUGAUACCGAUGUUUUCAAAUAGUUCUAGUAUUUUGGGGAAGCAUUGGAUCUCGAUUCUGAAUGACUAUACUCAUAUUUGCUUUGGUUUGGAGUCUAAGAGUAAUUACAAACCUUUCCUGGAUGGAAUCCAGUCAUCAUUAGUUUCAUCAAAGGUGCAAUCAUGUCUAGAUGAAGUCUGGCCAGUAAUUCUAAAAGCAAUCGCACUGGAUGCAGUUCCUAUGAAGUUUGAAACGGAUGGGAAUUCCAAAUCAAGCAGCAAAGAUGUAUCGAAAAGCAUCUUCAUAUCUGGAUACAGCAUGGUCAGAUUGGAACUAAGAGAAUUUUAUUUCCUCUGGGGAUUUUCUCUGCUUGUUCUCUUUCAGGGUCAGCAGGUGGAAGUGGGUAAACACGUAAUACCAUUUCCUAGUCCUGGUAAAAUAAAAUCUGGUGGAGAUUCAAUGGUCAAAGACCAAAAUAUCUUGGGGUUGAAGUUUUAUGAAAUCGCCUUGUUGGUCCUUCAAUCUCUCUCAUUGGAAAGAUUUUUUAGCCAAGAAUUCCUUACCUUGUACCUUUGUCGAGAACUCCUACAGGUCCUUACAUACCCUGAUCAGAUAACUUGUUCACGGAAUAGACUUGCCAUACCUGUACUAUCGCAGGUAAAAGGACUUCCCUUCUCAAAUGAUCCAUAUGUUGAUCUCUCAAAGUUAGAAUUUGAAAUUGGAGUAUGUGCGACAUUGCAUUUAUCUCAGAUUGUGCAGGCCUGCCCUGAAAAGUAUUUUCAAAUGGAUGAUUUUGCAUUUGUUGCAAUGGAACUCUGUGUAAAGUAUCAGUAUGAAAUAUUUCAGAGUGCUGAUGCAAUCACCCAAGAUCAACAAAGUUUCAAAGAAUUAAUUUCUGCACUAUUUGUUACAGCUGAGACAAUAGUACGACGCAUGUAUCCUAAGAGGCAGUGGAAGUUGAUAUUGGGAUUUUUAUCAACUAGUUACAAGUGCUUAAAAGAUGCUUCAACUGACUCAUGCUUGUCGACAGUAAUUUCUUUCACCCGGAAUAUUCUGCCUUUGUUGAAGAAACAUUUGGGAGAUAAAGCUGAACUCUGUGAUGAUGCUAUUGCCACCAAGGAAACAGUCUUGGGAGCUUGGCAAAAUGAGAUUCUCCACUUGUCUCAAGACUGCAUCAAGAGUAUCCAUAUCCUGGACAGUAAGAGGAGGAGCUCGUGUAAACUGCUGCAUACAAAACUUUCUUUCUGCCUUGAGGAAGCAUUAUCCCUCUCCAGACUGGCUCAUGAAACUCAACAGCUUGGACAGAGCAAAGACAAUAACAUGUUUCUCUUUACCCUAUACAGACAAUGCAUCAAAUGCAUGCAGAUCACUCUUAUGGACUCCAAUAUACAGGUUCAGACUGUUGGAUUGUAUGUGCUGAAAAGCAUUUUCCAGAGGGAACUUGGUGAAAGCGCAAACAUGGAAAAUAAUUCUUUCAUUCUCUUUUCCGCUGGAGAGCUCCUCGGAGAUAUUUUCUCUCUAAUUCACAAGAUCUCGGAGAAAAUCGUGACCAGAGAAUCACUUGUAAUUGCUGGUGAAUGCUUGAGACUUCUGGUUCUCCUGCACACACUGUCACAAGCAAGUGAAUGUCAGAAAGAUGUUAUGAAUUUACUAUUGGAAGCAAUAAUCAUGGUUGUGUCGGUGUCAACUGAAGUUCAUUCACAGGAACUUAUUGAGAUUAAGAGCAAUGCUAUGAGGCUGGUUUCUCACCUUGCUCAGAUUCCAUCCUCUGCGGUUCAAUUCAGAGAAGUUUUAUUAGCAAUGCCAGUGACACGCAAGCAGCAACUUCAGGAUAUCAUCCGUGCUUCAGUUACUCAGGGCCAGAAUGCAGCUCAGGUGACAUCCACCAGUUCAUCUCCAUCUCCAAUCAUCAAGAUACCAUUGCAGAUGGACAAAGAGCCUCAAGCUAAUGUUUCGGAACUCGUAACGGCACAUCCCAACACUUAUAGUAUGGAAAAAGGAGAAGAAGAAGAUGAUGAUGAUGAUUGGGAUGCAUUUCAGUCUUUUCCUGCUGAUAAUGCUUCUACAGCUGCUCAACCAGAAGUGGCAGGAGUGGAAGCUGUACCUGCUUCAAAUGACAAUUCUCCCAUCUUGGAAAGCAACCACAAAAGGAAAACUGACUUUGAGGAGAGUUCAGAUUUUGAACAUCAUGAGGAUAGUAUACAGGUGAAUGAUAUGCACAAUCCAGAGGGUUGUGGAGAGAAUGUAUUAACGAGACAAGGCAACGGAAAUGAUCUCCAAGAGUUCUCUACUCCACAACCUUCCGAAAAUGUCGUAGUGCGAAGCAGCAACAACCCUCUUCGUGGCAAUGAGGGUCCAGUGAUCAGAAGUGACGGUGAUGGAAAUGACGAAGAGCUCUCUGAUCCUCAAUCGGUUGAGGAUGCUGAAGAAUCGAAUCCCAACCAUUAUUUGCAAGUGGGUGGACAGACUAUAAUGCGAAGCCGAGAUGAUGGAAGUGAUCUCCAGAAAUCCUCCAAUUCACAGUGGAUCGAGGAUGCUGAGGAGUUGAACAAUGAAAGGCAUUUAGAGACUAGCAGAGAGAGGAUGAUGGGGACCCAAAGUGAUGAGAAUAGUAAUCAAGAGAUUUCUGAUCCACAACCAGCUGAAGGUGCGGAAAAUACAAGUGAUGGACAACAGUUGGGCGGUGAUGGACAGGAAACGGCAAUCUCCCUAUUGUCUUCAGAUGCUCAACCUCUCCAGGGCGCCAGAAUGGCCACCAAUAAAAAUGGCGAUCAAGAGAUUUAUGAUCUAAAACCUGUCUAGAGUCCAGGUUAGAUGAUUGGUUGAUGAACAACUUCUACAAUGUGGUGAAAGGAAAAUGACGAUGGAAAUGGAUUCCACGAGUUUCCGAUGAUACUCUACCCUUCAAGGACGUGGAGUAUAGUUUGGAUAUGGAAGCAGCAAGACAGGCGAUAGUGGUAAGCAAGAAAUGUAUUGUGAAUGAGAUUGAUGUGUAUUAGAUGUUUUAUUAUAACAACUUGGGGUUGGCUUCAAUGAGAGUUUUAUAAUGUAGGCAUUAUUUUGACUAGCUCACAAAUAACUCUCUCCUCCGCAACCAUGUAAAUUUGAAUGGGAAAAAGGAUUCCAUUUUCAUUCACCAAGUAACAUCCCAAUCCGAUCCA